GCUCACAGGCGGACACAGCCACGCUUCCCCGGAGCAUUUGGAAUGAUGACCCUGGAAGUGGAAAGCUGACCGGUUUUCCAGCAGGAAUCCAGAGUUUUCACAGCGAGCUGCUGGGGAAAAGAGCCCAGACUGCUUUAGUCAGCUCCUUUGAGAAGAUAUAACACCACCCCCCUACAACGAACCCCAGCCUAACAAGCAAGCCCUUUCUAAAUCCCUUUAGAAAGAUACUUUAUUUUUACGGCCAGCUUUGCUCUGCAGCUUCCCAGUCUUACCCACUGCUUUCCCGAUUCCCAGCUCCCCCCUCUCCUCCUCACUUUUUUAAUUGGAAGGCAAAACAAUUGCAGCCGUGGAAAGGAAAAUCCGAGCUCUAAGGCGCUUUUCCCACCGGGCACGCUCUCCCAGGCCGGGUCCACCAGCUAAUUGCUCAGGAAAUCCGCGCUGCUCAUUGUCGGGCUGUCCUUAAACUGCUAAUUCCGAACUGGGAGAGGCUCUGGAAGGGAAUCCAGGGCUAGAGCCCCGCGAGAGGGACCCACAGAGCCCCGCCGGGGGCGGGCUCAGCGCUAAUAACACAUCCCUGCCCAAUGGAAAGCGCUUCCUAUGGAGACCCCCAAGAGUUCCCCCUGCCCAGACUUCGGGGCCAUUCCUGCGUCCCGUUUUCCCAAGACACGAUGGCAGAGCUCUGCAGCGCCGAUCCCCGUCGGAACAAAGGCCGGGAAGCAGCUGCCACCCACCGCGGGGCUUAGGGAUGAAACUCGGGCAGUCCUGGAGGUUUUCCGCGUGGGAAUAACGCGGCCCGCGUUCCACAAAGGAUCCAUGGGGGCUGUCAGGGCGGGAUCGCGCUGAACCGCCGAGCCCUGGCGAUGCUGCCGCCCCGGAUGAAAGGAUCCGUGAUGGAGCCGUGGUAGCAGAGGGUCACUCAGCCUCCCUGGAAUGCGUUCCUUCGGGAAGGGACGAGCUCACGGCCUUAUUUUAUGGAUGUCCCUGAAGUAGACUUUGAAGGCCCCUUUGGAAGCGCACCACAGACUUGGCAUGGGAAACCACAGCAACAAUCAUACCUGCCUGACAGAUGAUUCCUUCAAGUACAACCUGUAUGGGGCCGUGUACAGCGUGGUUUUCAUCCUCGGCCUGAUCACAAACUGUGCCUCCCUCUUCGUCUUCUGCUUCCGCAUGAGGAUGAGGAGCGAAACCGCCAUCUUCAUGACCAACCUGGCGGUUUCCGACCUGCUCUUCGUGUUCACCCUGCCCUUUAAAAUCUUCUACAACUUCAACAGGCACUGGCCCUUCGGAGACAGCCUGUGCAAGAUUUCUGGCACGGCCUUUCUCACCAACAUCUACGGGAGCAUGCUGUUCCUCACCUGCAUCAGCGUCGACCGCUUCCUCGCCAUCGUGUACCCGUUCCGCUCGCGCACCAUCAGGACCAGGAGGAACUCUGCCAUAGUCUGUGCUGGUGUUUGGAUUCUGGUCCUCAGUGGUGGGAUUUCAGCUUCACUCUUCUCCACAACCAACGUUUCCAACACCAGCACGACCUGCUUCGAAGGUUUUUCCAAGCGCAUCUGGAAAACCUACCUGUCCAAGAUCACCAUAUUUAUUGAGGUGGUGGGGUUCAUCAUCCCCCUGCUGCUCAAUCUCACGUGCUCCUCCUUAGUUCUCCGGACUCUGCGGAAGCCCGCCACCUUGUCCCAGAUUGGGACAAACAAAGAGAAAGUACUGAAGAUGAUCAUCGUGCACGUGGCCAUUUUUGUCGUGUGCUUCGUGCCCUACAACUCCAUCCUGUUCCUCUACGCCCUGGUCCGGUCCCAGGCCAUCGCCAACUGCUCCCUGGAGAGGUUUGCACGGACCAUGUACCCCAUCACGUUGUGCAUCGCCACCCUGAACUGCUGCUUUGACCCCUUCAUCUACUACUUCACAUCAGAGUCCUUCCAGAAGUCGUUCAACAUCAAAACCCAGAUCAAAAUGGAUUCUCUUUUCAAGACAGAGACACCUCUGACCAAGACGGCGCUGCCGGCGCCGCAGGACGAGCUGAGCGACCAGGCCAUCACCAACGGGGGAGACCCCACAUCUGAGUCCCAUUUCUAGAGAGAUGUUUACACAAGGAGUCGUCCCCCAUCAGCUCUUGAUCAAACACCACAUGUGGGAGAGCCACUCCGCAACGCAUGCGUUCGCACGUGGCGUCAGUGAGGAAGAGCUGCUGGGGGACAACUGCACCCCCAGACAAAUCCUCACCCUGGGAUGGUCCCAUCAGACUCAACAGCUCAACACGAAACAUGAAAAUCCCAGUGGAUCUCCCUUUGGAGGUGGUGGAUACACAACAACACACGCACCAACUACGGAGGAAACAGAACAACCUGAAUCACAAAAUGCCAACAUUUGGCAUUUUCCCCCCCAGCAGUUGACGUGGGAUCAGUUGGGAAAUAGAAAAUCUAAUUUUCUUGGAAAUUCCUGCCAAUAUCUCACGGCUUCUGGAGAUGCAUCAUCGUAUGUUAACUCAGUAACUUCACACAAUAUGUAUGUUUGCUUACAAAGGCAUAAUAAAAGCUUGUGGCUUUCCCUUAUUCCA